AAGCAGUGAGACUGCCCCCGACAACCUAUUCUUCUGAGCUACGAUCUUCCCUCGCCCGGCAUGGCCGAACAGCUGUGCCGCGUGUGCAAUGCGCAGCCAAGGAAAUACAAAUGCCCGACCUGUUCACUUCCAUACUGCUCCUUAGCCUGCUUCAAACUGCAUAAAGAGAAACACCUGGGAGAAGACGCGGCUUCUUCUAACACCACACAUACCCCGACAGCACAUGAAGUUCACAUCCCCGAACCACCCGCCCCUCCUCCUGUACCCAGAUACAUCAAACAGCAGAUCGACUACUCCGCCCUCGGAACCAACCCGAAAUUUCGUGAACUCCUCCAAACCCAUACGACCCUGCUCCCUCUUCUACAGCGCAUCUAUGCCGCAACCAUCGAACCCGAUCGGGACGAUCAAAUCCCUGCCCACAAUACGUGGCGAUCAGGCAGAGGACGAGGGCAAACUCGUGGUGAUGGGAACAGAGGAAGAGGGCGUGGAAGGGGAAGGGGAAGUUCCUACACUGCCUUCAAUCCGCCGAAGUGGACACCAAAACGAGGCGACGCCCACGGGUUGAGACUACUCAAACGUUACAGGGACGGACAAGGGACUGCUGAAGAGAAGGAGGCCAUAGACGCCUUUGUAAGUUUUGUGGAAGAAAGCUUAUUAGGGGAGCAAGAGGUCGGCGCCACAUGAAAGCAACGGGGUUAGCGGUCCCUCUUCAGUUUCACGGCAACUUCUCCCGCUCAGAAUCCCUCGGAGAGGUGUCAACGUGGCUCUUGAGAAGUCCCUUAGCUGGUUCGCUAAGGUCUACGUGCUCCAUUUCUUCCU